UAAGUUUAGGGGUCGAAUUUGAAAAUGAAAUAUUUGAGCGGUAAAAAUAGCAAAGAAUUUCCAUGUCCAUUUUUCAAAAAUUGAAUACGAACUCCUCGAACUCCGCCAUUAAACUACUACUCCUUUGUCUUCAUCACACUCUUCACUUCGUUGACUCUCUCUUCUGCCAUUGCAAAUGGGUUGCGUUUCAUCCACUUUGCUGAAUCAAGAGAAUGAAUUCACCCAAAUGGGUGGCUCUGCUGCCGGUUUUAGCCACCACAUUGUCUCUCUAACUUCCACCACUUAUGGUCUUUUGACCCUUGAUCCACCUUCUACUCCCCCACCCACCACUGUCCCUCCCACCCCUACCCUACCGCCUCGCCACACUCUUGGUUCGCUUUUCCCAAGCCCCUUGUUCGAACCCAGAAUCCUCAAGUCCGACAUCAUCAACUCUUGGGAACUUAUGGCUGGUCUUGAUUCCACCUCCACCACACCCAUCUCUGACAGCUUUCGAUUUCUCUCUUUACGCAAAUCAACCCCUGAUUCUAGUUUCAGAUUCUUGAGAUCAUCCCCCAACAAAGAGAAUUCAAGCCCCAAUAUUCCAUCUCUUACCCAUGCGCUUGAUAAAACUGACAUUUUUAACCCCACAAGAUUGUCUUCUGCUUCCGUGCUUGAUGGGUUUGAAAGGAUUUGUCCGCCAAAUGGUGACGGUAAAAUAGUGAUCUAUACGACAACGUUGAGGGGUGUGAGGAAGACCUUUGAGGCUUGUAAUGCUGUGAGAUCAGCGAUUGAGGGGCUUGGGGUUUUGUAUUCUGAGAGGGAUAUUUCGAUGGAUAAAGGUUUCAGGGAAGAAUUGAAGCAGCUGAUGAAGGGUAAAGAGAGCACUGAGUUAAUACCUCCAAGGGUGUUCUUUAAAGGGAGGUACAUUGGAGGAGCUGAGGAGGUAAUGAGGAUUGUGGAGGAGGGAAAUUUUGGGGAUUUGCUUCAAGGAUUGCCUAAGAUGAAAGCUGGUUCUGUUUGUGAGGGUUGUGGGGGUAUCAGGUUCAUGCCUUGUUUUACAUGUAAUGGGAGCUGCAAGAUGGUGAAGGAAGAUGUGGAACAGAAUGAAGGCAGAGCUGUCGUGGUGCGGUGUAGUGAGUGUAAUGAAAAUGGAUUGGUACUUUGCCCCAUUUGCUGCUGAGUGAUGCAGGAGUUGUGACUCUCAGGACCUAGCUUGUUCUAUUUGUAGUGCAAUAAAUGGAUUAUGUAGACAUCAUCAAAAUGCAAGAGGAUAUUUACAGAUGAAGGUGCAGUACAUGAAGCUCUCAAGGGCAGCUUUUUGUAAGAUUUAGCUCAAGUUUGGGCAUAUUCGGUUGAGAUUCAGCACUAAAUGAAUCAACUGGCUUGUAUUAUGAGAUGCAGUGUAAAUUAAAAUGCGUAGGUACCAACAAUAUUCAAUAAUAUAUUAAUGAUAUGAUAAAUUUGUUGCUUUGGAUAGCUUUUCAAUGGCAAGUGUGUUGUUGUGUGGGUG